ACUUUUCCUCUAUUCUUUCCAUUCUCUCUCUCUCUCUCUCUAACAUUUAUUUCUCUCUCUUCAUAUUUACACAGACACUAGAGAUAUAUACAUACGUGUGUGUGCAGUCAUAAUUGAAUUGAAAUAAUAUCUGCAUUCCAAGUGCUGUUGUUAUUGGUGAAGCAGGGAAGGGCAGAGCAGUAAUUUGAGUAGGAAUGGAAUCACCCAGGACGGUGGAGUCCGGCAGCCGGUCAUCAGGACGAACGUCUGUGAUUGAAUCGAUAAGGGGGUGCACACUGGCCGGAGCGCGGAUUCACAAGGAGGAGCUGCGGAGGAGGAUCACGAUGCCGGAGUAUGUGAGGGUGGCCAUGAGGGAGGCGAUUCAGACCAAGGACUUAGACUCGGUGAAACGCCAUUUUGACUCGACUCACUCCGAAGGAGCCGAGCAAGCAGAGCCGCCAGAGUCGCCACUCGUCGUCUUCAUCAAUUCCAAGAGCGGGGGCCGGCAUGGCCCCGAGCUUAAAGCCCGCUUGGAGGAACUCAUGGGUGAAGAACAGGUUUUUGACCUUCAAGCUGUGAAGCCUCAUGAAUUUGUUCAAUAUGGAUUAAGCUGCCUAGAGAAGUUUGCUGGUCUUGGAGACAUUUGUGCCAAAGAGAUUCGUGAAAAGUUGAGAAUAGUGGUAGCAGGUGGUGAUGGGACUGUUGGAUGGGUCCUUGGCUGUCUUGGAGAGCUUCAUGCAAUGGGUCGAGAGCCAGUUCCACCAACAGGAAUUGUCCCACUUGGUACUGGAAAUGACUUGUCACGUAGUUUUGGUUGGGGUGGUUCAUUUCCAUUUAACUGGAAAUCAGCAAUUAAGAGAAUCCUUGAUAGAGUUACAAGUGCUCCACUCUGCCGUCUAGAUAGUUGGAAACUUGUAAUAUCAAUGCCAGCUGGUGAAGAACUGGAGGCACCUCACUCUUUGAAGUCUGUCGAGGAUUCAACUCUUGACCAGGAACUGGAAAUUGAAGGGCCGUUGCCUGAGAAGCAAUCCUACUAUGAAGGAGUAUUUUAUAAUUAUUUCAGCAUAGGAAUGGAUGCUCAGGUUGCUUAUGGUUUCCACCAUUUACGAAAUGAAAAACCAUACCUUGCCCAAGGUCCUCUUUCAAACAAGUUGAUUUACUCAGGAUAUAGUUGCAAGCAGGGCUGGUUCUUCACCCCUUGUAGCAGUGAUCCAGGAUUAAGGGGACUGAAGAACAUAUUGCGCAUAUAUGUUAAAAAGGUCAAUAGCUCAAAGUGGGACCAAAUUCCUGUCCCAUCAAGUGUUAGAUCCAUUGUUGCUCUAAAUCUUCCUAGCUAUGGAAGUGGAAGGAAUCCUUGGGGUCAUUUGAAGCCAGAUUAUUUGGAGAAGAGAGGUUUUGUUGAAGCCACUGCUGAUGAUGGUUUGCUUGAGAUCUUUGGUCUUAAACAAGGGUGGCAUGCUUCCAUGGUUAUGGUUGAACUCAUCUCUGCCAAACACAUAGCCCAGGCUUCGGCAAUCAGAUUUGAAUUACGAGGGGGAGAAUGGAAAGAAGGUUAUAUGCAGAUGGAUGGCGAGCCAUGGAAACAACCAAUGGACAAAGAAUUUUCAACUUUCAUUGAAAUCAAGAGGGUACCGUUUCAAUCGGUAAUGAUCCAUGGAGAUACCUAGCUAGCUACCUAGAUCUUACAUUCUUCUUUGUUCAUUCAUUCCGAUCCGUUGUUAACCAAAACUGUGUGUCUGUCUGUGUUCACUUCAACUCUAAUUGUUUAGUUCACUUUACUCAUUUAUGUUAUUAUAGUAUGUUGUAUUCUGGAUUCAGAUACACUAAUGCAAAAAAUUUGUUGUGUUGGAACCGUACCA